GGGGGGUUGUUUACACGGCGCCGCCGCUGCUGCUGCCCCUGGGAGUCAAGCUGCUCCUGCCGCUACUGCUUACCGCUCAACAGCAGCUGCAAACCAACAUCGCAUCUCCACGAUAUUGCGGACGGACCGUUGGCGAGAACAGCCCGCUGGCGACGGGGCGUACGGACGCAAACGCGACUCGUCGUAGGAGACUCGCGAAGCCUCCGAUCGCCGCCGUACCCAACGCCGCCACUCCACAAGCGCCGUGCCCACACCGCCGGCUCCGUACCCGCUCCUCCAGCGCCGUACCGCGCCCGUCUGCGGAGAGCGGAGCGCGGUGGGCGGCGUGAGGCUGUGCAGGAGCGAGCGUGUGCCGCCCCAGCCCCAUGGUGAGGAGAGACAUGUGCAUGCUGGAGCCCCUGCGGAGCAUGGAGCGCAGGGGCAGCAGGGACUCGGCCACGCGCCUCGCCCUCGACACGUUCGUCCCCGGCCCGGCAGCAGCGGGCAGGCGUGGCGUCCAGCUGGAGCCGUUUGUGCACCAGGUGGGCGGCCACACGAGCAUGCUGCGCUACGACGAGCACACCAUCUGCAAGCCGCUCAUCUCGCGCGAGCACCGCUUCUACCAGAGCCUGCCGCAGGACAUGCGCCAGUUCACCCCGCAGUACAAAGGCGUGGUGUCCGUCUGCUUCGAGGAGAACAGCGAGGGCUACAUCAGCCUGGUGGCCUACCCGCACUCGGAGCGCGACGAGCUGGCCGCAGCCGCCGCCGCCGCCGCUGCCGCCACGGCGCCCGACGGCUGCCGGGCCCGGCACCAGCACUUCCGGCGCACGGUGACGACGCGCUCCGCCGCCGUGUCGUCCUCCUCCUCCGACGGCGGCGGCGGCGGCGAGCGGUGCGAGCAGGAGGAGGUGUCCACCAGCUCGCAGGAGGUGGAGAGCGUGGAGCUGGAGCUGCACGUGAGCAACACGGACGUCAAGAGUCUGGAGGUGCAGCUGCGCUUUCAGACGCAGGUCACCGUGGAGCUCAGCGAGAACAACAACAACGGCGGCAGCAGCAGCAGCAGCUACGCGCACGGCGCCAGCGACGGGAACUGCAGCCUGCACACGUGGCGCAUGAGUUGCCACAGCAAGCAGAUGAGCCGUAUGUGGUCGGAGGCCAAGGAGCGGCAGCUCUUCCAUUUCCUCCUGCUGGAGAACGUGGUGUCGCGCUUCUCGCGCCCGUGCAUCCUCGACCUGAAGAUGGGCACGCGGCAGCACGGCGACGACGCCUCCGAGGAGAAGAAGGCGCGGCAGAUGCAGAAGUGCGCCCGCAGCACCUCGGGCUCGCUCGGCGUGCGCAUCUGCGGCAUGCAGGUCUACCAGGCGGAAACCAACGACUUCCUGUGCCGCAACAAGUACUACGGGCGCGAGCUGUCGGCGGACGGCUUCCAGCGGGCCAUCUUGCAGUUCCUGCACAACGGGCGGCGCCUCCGCACGGAGCUGCUGGCGCCGGUGACGAGGCGCCUGCGAGCGCUGCAGUCUGUGCUGGAGUCGCGCUCCUCCUUCCGCUUCUACUCCAGCUCGCUGCUCGUCAUCUACGACGGCACGGAGCCGCACGCGUGGGCCGCGACGGCCGCGAUGACGGCGCCGGAUUCCGCCGUGCCUUCACCGUCGUCGUCGUCGGAUGCUGCCGCUGCGGCUACGACACCGCCGCCGCAGGUGGACGUGCGGAUGAUCGACUUUGCCCACACGACCUGCAGCGGCUUCCGCGAGGACACCACCGUGCACGACGGGCCUGACCAGGGAUACAUUUUCGGGUUGCAAAACCUGAUCCGGAUUCUGGAGGAAAUCGGAAACGCCAACAGCUGAAGGGCGGGGGGGGAGCGAGAUGGACCCCCCUUUCUGUCGACGUCGUGAGAGCCGCCACCGGUUGGUGGCGCAAGGCGCACGCAAACUCAGCAAAAGCGCAGGGCCCCCAAGUAGCCCGGGGGGCCCCAAAUUGCUGUGGAGAAAGUACGGGUGAGACAAACGUCCACUCGAAUUGAGAUCCUGAUGGACACGGGCAAGCUAAUUCAUCUCUCCUCAACGCUGUCGUAUCCGUGUCUCUCUCUCUCUCUCUCCUCCCAUUGCACUCCGUCUGCUGGCCCCAUCUGUCUCAUGUCCACCUCUCUGUUCUCGUCUCUGCGUAUCUCCACCUGGCGUCUGUACCUCUUCUGUCGUCUGGCUAUGAGUUUAUGAAUCUAAGUGAGGGGGGCAGGCGGGUGGGCCGGAGAGGGGGGGGGGGGGCCGACAAAUAU